CGGUUCUGGGUGAGCUCGGCCUGGGUUCCGCCAGGCGGGGACCGGGCGGAGUCCUCCACCUCUGCGGUGCUCACUGCGAAUCGGCGGCAUUGUCGUCGUUAGCCCGCGGUGGGAGGUCGCAAUCCCGUAAGGUGACAAGAGACUGGCCUUGGACCGGACAGUGACCGCUUACAGUGCUCUCUGGAGCACUAAUUAACCUGUGUGCCAGGGAGAAGAAACCAUGCAGGCAUUUCUAAAAGGCACAUCUGUCAGUACUAAACCACAAUUCACCAAGGACCGGGCAAUACCCGCAGGAAGCAGUGGAGAAACCAAGAAAGUCAAGCCAGUCCCUUGGGUGGAAAAAUAUCGUCCAAAGUGUGUGGAUGAAGUUGCUUUCCAGGAAGAAGUGGUUGCAGUACUGAAAAAGUCUUUAGAAGGAGCUGAUCUUCCUAAUCUCUUAUUCUAUGGACCACCUGGAACUGGCAAAACAUCCACAAUUUUGGCAGCAGCUAGAGAACUCUUUGGGCCGGAACUCUUUCGAUUAAGGGUUCUUGAGUUAAAUGCAUCUGAUGAACGUGGAAUACAAGUAGUCCGAGAGAAAGUGAAAAAUUUUGCUCAGUUAACUGUGUCAGGAAGUCGCUCCGAUGGGAAGCCAUGUCCACCCUUUAAGAUUGUAAUUCUGGAUGAAGCAGAUUCUAUGACCUCAGCUGCUCAGGCAGCUUUAAGACGUACCAUGGAAAAAGAAUCUAAAACAACCAGAUUCUGCCUUAUCUGCAACUAUGUUAGUCGCAUAAUUGAACCCCUCACUUCUAGAUGUUCAAAGUUCCGCUUCAAGCCUCUGUCAGAUAAAAUUCAGCAGGAGCGAUUACUGGACAUUGCUGAGAAGGAAAAUGUCAAAAUUAGCCAUGAGGGAAUAGCUUAUCUUGUUAAAAUAUCCGAAGGAGAUCUACGAAAAGCCAUUACAUUUCUUCAAAGUGCUACUCGACUAACAGGUGGAAAGGAAGUCAUGGGGGAUGUAAUCACAGACAUUGCUGGGGUAAUACCAGCCACAACCAUUGAUGGAAUAUUCACUGCAUGUCAAAGUGGCUCUUUUGACAAACUAGAAGCUGUAGUAAAGGACCUAAUCGAUGAAGGACAUGCAGCUGUACAGCUUGUUAAUCAGCUUCAUGAUGCAGUGGUAGAAAACGAAGAGCUUUCUGACAAACAGAAGUCUAUCAUCACAGAAAAACUUGCUGAAGUAGAUAAAUGCUUAGCAGAUGGGGCAGAUGAACACCUGCAGUUGAUGGGUCUUUGUGCAACUGUGAUGCAACAGCUAAUUCAGAAUUGUUGAAGAUGGCCGGUGGUGGCACAAGAAUCAAGUGGAUCUUGAAUCAGAGGCCAACUUGGCCUUACAGAAACUCCAGCAGUAACAGAACCUCGUCUCAGAAAACCAACAUGAUUUUUGGAUAAUAAAUGACCAAAAAAACUGUAAA